AUGACCUCCCCCGAAUACGCCCACCACUUCACCAUCCAGAACCUGCCGUACGGAAUCGCAUCCUCCCCGACGCAUCCAACCCCCCAAUGCGCAACCCGCCUCCACAAUACCAUCAUCUUCCUCGCCGACCUCCACGACGCUGGUCUCUUCUCCUCCAUCCCCGCCCUCCCAGCCAACGUCUUCACCAAUCCCACCCUGAACUCCUUCGCCGCUCUCCCCCAACAAACCCACUCCCAAAUCCGCCAUGUCCUGAAAUCCACCCUCCAACAAACCGGCCCCCCACUCGCACUCGCACUCCCUCUCCCUCUUCCAUCAACAAGCAUGGCUGAUAUCUCCACCGUGACGAUGCAUCUCCCUGUCUCUAUUCCAUCGUUCACCGACUUCAGCGCCAGCCUCCCGCACAACCAAAACGCCGGUCGCAUCAUUCUCGGCCACGACUCCCUCCCACCAGCCUUCUUCCACUUCCCAAUCGGCUACGCCGGACGCGCCAGCAUGAUCGCCAUCUCAGGGACACCGAUCACGCGACCCGUGGGCCACAUAUGUAUCUGGGAGGGAACCUCUGCGCCUGAGCAGACAAAGAAGAAGAAGAAGGAGAAGAACGUCAUAUUUGCCCCGUGCCAAUCCCUCGACUACGAGCUCGAGCUAGGAGUCAUUAUUGGGAAGCCCCUGGCGCGGGGGACGGGGUUGAAUGCGGUAGACGCGGAGGAACAUAUUUUUGGGUUGGUGGUGUUGAAUGAUUGGAGUGCCCGCGACAUCCAAUCCCUCGAAAUGAUCCCCCUCGGCCCCUUGAACGGAAAAAGCUUCGCCACCACAAUAUCCCCGUGGAUAAUCCCCCUCUCCGCCCUGGCACCAUUCAAGACCACCGGUCCGGAGCCGCGCGUAUCCCUACCCCCGCAUCUCCAGGACCCAGGGGCAUUUAACUACGACAUCACGGUGAUGGCAGAACUCGAGGGAGAGGGGUUAGCGGGCAGGACGGUAAUGGGGCGGUCGAAUGCGAAAGAGCUGUUCUGGAGUAUCAGACAGAUGGCUGCGCAUUUGGCGAGUACGGGGUGUGAUUUGCGGACGGGAGAGGUGUUGGGGACGGGGACGGUGAGUGGGGAGGUGGAGGGGUCGUUUGGGUCGUUGUUGGAGGUGACCCGGGGGGGACGGGUGGGGAUAGGUUGUGUGGGUAGGGAGAGGGGGUAUCUUGUUGAUGGGGAUGUGGUGAGGUUGUCGGCUUGGGCGGGGGAAGGAGUUGGGUUUGGGGAGUGUGUUGGGGUGGUGAGGGCUGCUGCUUUACCUAACUGA